AUGCCAUCCAACUCAACCGUGUCACUCUCGACGACUCUUGACCCUCUGCCACCUGUCUUGCAGCGCGGCCUCGUGGCUGUUGCCUUCUUCGGCAUACUAUCACUUGUCUCCAGCCUCGGGCUGUUCACUUUUUUGACCUACCGCUUGUGUGCGUGGAAGAUUCGAGGUCAACUCAGAGAUGGCGCCAAUCAAUUCCUCAUUCUCAUAUACAACCUUGUUUUGGCAGAUAUCCAGCAAGCCAUGGCUUUCUCUCUGACGUCCUCUUAUCUUGCCGAGAACAAGAUCGAGGUGGAGAACAAUACAACUUGUUGGGCGAACGGAUGGUUCGUAUCAACGGGCGAUCUGGCGUCUGGGGUUUUCAUUUUCGCCAUUGCCCUGCACACAUUCUUUGCAGUGGUGAAGGGUCGGCGGCCAAGCAGUAGGGUAUUUUAUUCCUGCAUCGCUGGCUGCUGGAUCUUCAUCUACACCAUGGCCAUCAUCGGUGUUGGGAUAGACCCGAAGCUAUAUGUUAGGGCCGGUGCCUGGUGUUGGAUUUCCCACCGACAUGACCCAUUAAGGCUGUGGCUACACUACUUGUGGAUAUUUAUCUGCAUGUUCGGCACUGUGCUCGUGUAUGCACUUAUUUUCCUCUCGAUUCGGACGCGGUCACGACUGCGGCUGAGCGCCAGAGAUACUGCCCAGGAGCACGACCCUGCAAGCAUGAAGCGAGCUGCAAAAUAUAUGAUCAUCUACCCCGUGGUAUAUGUGAUCUGUACACUGCCAUUGGCGGGGGCCCGAAUGGCAUCAAUGCGAGGCAUAGUGGUUCCCUACUGGUGGUUUUGUCUUGCCGGCUCGGCCAUAACUUCUUGUGGGUGGCUGGAUGUCUUGCUCUAUGCAGUAACUCGCCGCGUUCUUGUCUUCGGUGAUCGUCCGCCGCCUGUAGAUGACCUUGGUCUAGACACAAUUGGUUGGAAACAUUCAGGGGAUGGAUUCUGGGGCACUACCACCACUGUCACAGGGCCCCUUGGCCCACACAACGUUCGAAGACGUGGCAAGACGGCGGGACUAGGUCGGCUUACGCCACGACUUCGGCAUAGACAUUCCGACGAAGAUCAUCUGGCAAACCACCCCGAAGGGGUCAUCACAACGAAGACAACGGUCGAGGUGCACACUGGAAAUAUACCUUUCUACUCGGAGUCGACCGAGCUUAGUGUGAUUGAGAGCGAUGAUAAGAUCGAGGGCACCACACAUUCAGUGAGGCCAAGUACGUUUAGAGAAUGA